GCUAGCGUUGCUGACAUCAUUCAGUGACACGUCAACCACACGGAAGGGCUCUCCUCUCCACCUGUACUGCUGAUUAAAGAGCCGUAGUCUUAUAAAAAUGGGUGGUUUUUUCUCCAGUCUCUUCUCGGGGCUCUUUGGCACCAGAGAGAUGAGGAUUUUAAUUCUUGGUUUGGAUGGUGCAGGAAAGACAACCAUUUUGUACCGGUUGCAGGUUGGAGAGGUGGUCACCACAAUUCCCACAAUUGGCUUCAACGUUGAGACGGUCACAUUUAAGAAUCUGAGGUUCCAGGUGUGGGAUCUUGGUGGCCAGACAAGUAUCAGACCCUACUGGCGGUGUUAUUACUCAAAUACAGAUGCAGUCAUCUAUGUCGUUGACAGCAGUGACCGUGACAGGAUGGGCAUCUCAAGGUCGGAGCUGGUGGCCAUGUUGGAGGAAGAAGAGCUGAGGAAAGCCAUCUUGGUGGUGUUUGCAAACAAACAGGACAUGGAACAGGCAAUGACACCUACUGAGGUGGCAAAUGCACUGGGUCUUCCCGCCCUCAAAGACAGGAAGUGGCAGAUCUUUAAGACCUCAGCUACCAAAGGCACAGGCCUGGAUGAGGCCAUGGAGUGGUUGGUGGAUUCACUAAAGAGUCGGCAGUAAAGGACCCCGCCCCUUCUGUAUAUACACCUGACCUUUGACCCUAAUGUAUGAAGCCUUGUGACUGAUGCAGCCUCCCACUCCCCUUGGACCAGUGCACUCCUUCCCUCCUCUGUCCUUCUUUCCCCUCUUUUGAUCCAACUGAAGCCUUUACCCUCCCGAUGCCGAACGCCUUUCAAGCCUGGGACUUAGAACUGACGGCUGCAGUAAUGUCUGGACUGGGACAACACAAACACACAAACUAAGCCCCACCACUAUAUGUUGCACAGGUGACUGAAGGAGCUAAUGGGCUACAGCAACAGAUGGGUAAAGAUGCAUUUGUGAUUUUGGAAAUACACCAAGUUACUGUUGAAAGUCAUCGAUAAUUAUCCAGCAAAUACUAGACAUAUCAAACUGCUGAUUUUAUGAAUUCAUUUAUAGUAAUAACACCUCAGUAAGUUAUUGUGGGUUAAUGGGAAUAAAGGGGCUGUGUAAUCAGAUGUCUGAUGGGUGCUACAUCUGUUGACUUCAGUGAUGGAGAGGUUGUCAGAAGUUGAUCAGAGUUCAAUGAGCACCAUAGUUGGUGAAACAUGGAAUUUUCUAUGAAGACAAAGACAAUUGUGACUAUUUCUUACUAGAUGUUACAACUAGGAAAUAAAACAAGUCCUCACUGUGGAGCAGCAGCUGGUUGAUUGCCAAGUCAUUAGCCAAAUGUUAAGGUAUGCUGGACGAGCCAACAUUGAACACUUUACUUCAAAUUUCCUUUAUGUCAUCCAACUAAGUGUUACUGCAGCCUGUGUUGUGUUUGUACUUUAAUCCAGCAGACGCAAUGCCACAGAUUUGUUUUUCCUUCUUUACUUUUGUGUUUUUCCCAUUUUGAUUUUGAGUAAUUUAGUGUUUAAGGCCUUUUUCCAGUGAUGCAGCUUUGGCAUAUUAGUCAUGUAGUUACUGAACACUAACUGUAUGCUCAAAGUUUUUUGGUUGCAUAUUUAUAUCUGCUUGUACAGUGAAAAUGAUUCUCAGUAAAGAAUGCUAUUGGUGAUUGUA